AUGGAGCCAAACACACAGGACGACCUGGCUGCACAGGAAGCUGCUGCGCGGGAGUAUCGGCCAAAGCUUCAGGGUCCUCUCAUUGGCGAGAAGAUGCCUAGCCAUGUCAUCACUGAGGAGUAUGCGAAGGCGGACCAGGUCUACGUUGCAAAAACAAUUGCACUACCAGAGACGUAUUCCUCCUAUCGGCCAGUCCAGGGCGACGGCAACUGCGGCUGGAGAGCGAUUGGCUAUGGCUACUUCGAAACUCUCAUCCAGCAGGGCGAUGUAGCCCUCGUGCAGAGCGAGCUACAGCGGCUCACAGCAUUGAACCAAUAUCUCAGUUCAGUUGGAGGCUAUGAUGAUAUGGUAUACGAGCCCAUGUCAGAAGAGACUAUAGAACUUCUGGGUGAUAUUGCCGCCAACAUGGUGGAUCCUCUGACAGCCAUGAGUAUCCUCACAAAUAAGUUCAAUGACCCAAAUUCGGCAAACUCGAUCAUAUACCACCUGCGGCUACUUGCAGCUUCUUGGUUGAGAGAAAACGCUGAGACUUACGAGGCUUUCACGGCGGCCGAAGGUGGUAUUCAGCCAUACUGCAACGAUGUGCUUGAACGCGUUGACCGCGAGAUCGAGCACUUGGGAAUUGUGUCUCUUAUCGCAGCCCUGGUAGCCAAGUCAACACCUAUCGAUUUCCCGAAGAGGCGAACAAUCAAGAUCCUAUGA